AUGAUUUCAAAUAAAUUUCAAAUAAUCAUACCGAUUUUCAUUAUAUUAAUAACAUUGGAAUGGUUUAUAUUACCUAUUGAUGCUCAAACAAAAGAUACAAGUACUGGUAUUAUGAUAGUGCCACCAAAAUGGACUUGGUAUAUUUGUAGUUCACUAGAAACGAAUUAUAUAAGUUAUAAUGUAAUAUGGAUAUCUACUUCCUCUGGAGCAACCCCAGGAUUUGGAUUUCCACCACAAGAAGGAAACCAUCCAAAACAAUACAAGACAAAAGGACUUUUAACCUUUGCAGCAAACUUUACAGGAAUACAACAAUUAUUAGAUCCAACAAGAACCCCAGCAGGAUACAUUCAGGAAUUGUCAUGUUUUGACGGUGAUCCAGUAUCGGGAUGUGCAAAAGAAGCAAACCCACCAUUUCCUUUUAAUGUUAUAGUUUGUCUAGCUGUAAUCAAUCCAAAUGAUGAUGAGUUAAAAUUUGCUGGAUCAUUCUCCUUUAAACUUGGUACACCACCACCAUUAAUGCCAAAAUAUGAUCCACCUAUUUAUACCACCAUCGAUGAAACUACACCAACUUCUUCUUCAGCUCCCCCAACCGCCUCCACAAAGGCAAUACAAACCAAUGACUCUCCCUUUAAUAACGGUGGCGAUGGUG